AUGGCAGACAUCCAGGGACGGCAGGAAGAAGUCUUUCAGCCGGAUACUGUCGCCCUCCCCGACACCCCCACCAACGACCUCGUGCCGGAGUACCGCCCGCCGUACAUCCACGCCAUGUUAGCAGGAGGACUUGGUGGCACGAUGGGAGACAUGUUGAUGCACAGUCUGGACACGGUCAAGACCAGACAGCAGGGUGACCCGCACAUGCCGCCCCGCUACACAACCAUGGCGAACACGUAUCGCACCAUCUGGAGGCAGGAAGGCGUGGCACGUGGCCUUUAUGGCGGCAUCACACCCGCCUUCCUCGGCUCCUUCGCCGGCACGCUCCUCUUCUUUGGCGGAUACGAGUACAGCAAGCGAUUUAUGCUCGAUCACGGCGUCGCCCCCACCGUCGCCUACUUCUCCGCCGGCUUCGUGGCAGACUUGUGCCUUAGUCCGCUAUAUGUUCCCACGGAGGUUUUGAAGACGAGGCUUCAACUGCAGGGCAGACACAACAACCCCUUCUUCAACUCUGGCUACAACUAUCGCAAUACCAUGGACGCUCUACGCACCAUCUACCGUACCGAAGGGCUCGCCGAGUUCUUCUCGGGCUACAAGGCCACCAUCUGCCGAGACUUGCCCUUCUCCGCCUUGACAUUCGCCUUCUACGAACAGGAGCAGAAGCUGGCGAAACGUUGGGUGGGCCCGGGCAAGGAUAUUGGCUUGUCGCUUGAAAUCCUGACGGGUGCAAGCGCGGGCGGGAUGGCGGGAGUGCUGACAUGUCCCAUGGACGUGGUCAAGACGCGCAUUCAGACCGAGUUGGACCCGGAUGUUGCUGCCGCGACGAAGCAGAAGAAGCAGGAGAAGCGCGAGAAGAAGGCGGCGGCGCGAGCAUCUGCUGGCAAGGGGGCUUCGCGGAAAUUGACCGCCACCCAGCCAUCUGGCCAUCCGUCUCAUCAGCAGAGGCAGACCAUCUCCACUCUCAGCCCGAGCACCACGCUCAAACGACAUGGCCAGGUGACUCUGGACACGGAGAGCGUGAUCAAGGCGCUGCGCAUUAUAUACCGCACCGAAGGCAUGGCGGGUUGGUUCCGGGGCGUGGGGCCGCGGUUUGUCUGGACGGCGAUGCAGAGCGGGACGAUGCUGUUGGUGUACCAGAAGCUGCUCAAGUUCUUCGAUGCGCAUCCCGUCUUUGCGCAGGCCGCGGAUGAUGUAUAG